CCACUCGCAGAUCAUCCAUCGCCGCCGGUCAUCCUCGCGCACCGUGCGUCAGUGGCGCCACAUGGUCCUACUACAAUUUUGCCAUGGUCCUACUCGCCGUCACCGCAGCACUGCUAGUCACUUGGCCAUCAGGUCCAUCGCCCAGCCAGCGUCCCCCAGCUUUCGCGUAAACCGCGGGAUCCCUCCUCCCGGCUCGCCUCACCCGGACCUGCACUUCAAAGUUUGCGCCGCGGCUGCCGCUGAUGACGCAUGACUGGUCCAUGCCCAUACUCCCUGACCCUGCAGAGCUGAUGAUCGCGUCAAUACUUGCCCUCGCUGCGCCAGGUCUCGCACUCACCAGGCCUUCAACUCCGACUCAAGGCGACAGCACGCCGCCAAGAAGCUUGCACAAUGCUACGGGGCGUCGGCCUGGGCUGUUCCCUUGUCGCCAUUGGGUAACGCACGAGUGCAGGCAUUCGCUGGGGUUGCUGGCCUUGUCGGGUGCACACAACCUUAAGAGGAGGCGAAGAAGACCUCGUUGCAUCGCCCGUCGGGCGAGUAACAAUGGCCAGUGGCAGCGUACUGCGCAGAGGGACGGCUUAAACUGCUGCACAGCGAGAAGGUAUUUGCACGACUGCGGCGGCGAAGCAGAAGAAGCUGCUGGCCGGUGGUUGGAGAUCUAUUGAGGAAGCCAGUGUGCUGGAGGACCGGUAGAUCCACUCAGCGAGGUAAUGGUCUUUGGCGCGUUCGCGUGUCUGCGCAUUCUCUAGGCUCUGCGCUCUGCAUGCUCUGCCUACCCAUGCCCAUGCCCAUAUCCGUCCGUACCGGUCCGGUGUCCUCCUCUGCUCGUCUCCACAU